AUGAUAUUAGAGAAUUUUGUUUCGGACCAAAAUUAUAUAGGUUUUUCGCUAAACAAUUGAAGUAAGAUUAACAUGCCCCUCUCCAGUAUGCUCCGUAGCACCCUGCAUCAAGCUAAACGGAAACAGAGACCUCUAUUUUGAUUCUCUCCUAUUCCCUAUUAAUCAACGAGACGCUGAAUCAAGCAAAAACUUUUCUGGCUUCGCAUAACUUCAAUGGGCCGCAGAAAAACCGAUUCGGAACUCGGUCGUUAUGCACUUGUCAUCCUCUUCUUGAUGAGUACAAUUUCCUGCUGCAUGGUCUAUAUCUGCUUCUCUAUAGUUUUCAGACCCAGAACAGCAUCUCUGGAUUUAGGAGCCAAUAAAUUUGUGGAGAGUGGACAACGAGAAGAUGGCGAGUGUUGCAGAGGGAUUGAGCAUUUGGAGUUGUGGGGUGAUGCCGUGAAGUGGGGCUCUGAUUUCAGGGUGAAUUCUUCGAAACAUUGUUGUAUGGCUUGUAAGAAUAUGUGUGGUGGUGAGGAUGGACCUUGUUUGUGUGAUUCUUGGGUGUUUUGUGGGGAUAAAAAGGCUUGUGGGUCUAAAUUCGGCGAGUGUUGGCUGAAGAAACAGAAGGAUUCCUUGGAGCCUGAUCGGAGAGACUCUGGUGACCAGGUUAUGUGGACUUCUGGACUAGUUUUUGGGAAAGGAGAGGGUAUCAUUGGACUGGAAACAGAAUAUGGGAUGCUUCAUUUGAAACUUUUACCAGAUUGUGCCCCACAUUCUGUUUCGUAUAUUCUUGAGUUAUUGACAUUACAUCAUUGUGCGGGUUGCCAUUUUUAUCGUGCUGAAAGUCGUGGAAGGUUUUGGGAUUUAGAAGGAAAUCAUAUCAAACAGGCCCCAUUUGGCCCUCCAUUUGCACUUAUUCAAGGAACACUUGAAGCCCACGGGACGAUAUUCAAGGAUAUUCCAACAGAGGCAUGCCCUAUCAUAAGAAGAGGCUCAAUUGCAUGGGUUGGUUCUGGUCCAGAAUUCUUUAUCAGCUUGGCUAACCACAACGAAUGGCGAAAGGCAUACACUGUAUUUGGCUUUGUUCUUCCUGAGGAUAUGGAAAUCGUAGAGAAAAUUGCAAAUCUUCCAACCAAACCAGAGGUGUGGAGUAACAUUAAUGUUGCUGUCCUGGAAAAGCCUGUUCAAAUACAUUUCCGAAAAAUUAGAAAUCCUGGAAACCUGGACAGAAGUUCCAGUGAAUCGUAGUUUAAGAUGCUUAUUGUCAUGCUCUAUAUCUUCUCCCCAACACCCUCACUUCCUUUCUUUUGGAUUAGAUUUUAUGUACUUGGGAUGACUGGACUUGGGAUCUAUGUAAUACCGUUUAAAAUUUGUAGAUAGACAAUCAGACAAAAGAAAAAAAGAAUCAAUCUUAAUGGGCAUGGAAUCUGUGUUCA